UUAAGGCCGCGGUGACGCACCGAGGGGAGGGGAAGGCUGAGGAAGAGGAGGGUGAGGAGGAAGAGGAGGAGGAGGAGAAAGAGUUGGUGCUGAGAUCGAUGAAGUGGCUGGCAGAGCGAAGAAGAAGAAGAAGAAGAAGACGAGGAGGAAGAGGAGGAGGAGGAGGAGGAGGAGGAGGAGGGUGAAGAAGAAGAUCUCGGCAGAUAAUGAAAGAAAAAGAGCUGCAGAGCUGCUAGACGAGCACGAGCGGACACGGACGACAAUUAAAGGCAAAAGGAAGAAAAGAAAGGAAUAAACGCACAAUUUGGAGGGGGUGUGAAGGGAAGGACGACAACAACAACAACAACAACAACAACAACAACAACGACGACAACGACGACAAAAAAAAGAAAAAAAGAAAAAAAAGCUUGUCGGAGGUUUUCGGACCGUGCGUGUGCACGUCGCUCAGUGCAGGAGAUGCUCAGCUGCAGGCGGGGACGCGCGCUGAAGGCACAAAAAGCCGCUUGAAGAAGAAUUAGGAGACGAGGAAAAGGAACGGGUACUGCGGUGGGUGGCGUGGGAGUGCGUGGAACUACUUAACGGCGCUCACAUCAUUAAUUAGCCGCCGCUAAUCAAUACAUUCCGGCUCGUCGAUAAAUCCAUCCGGGAUGGACGGGAGUCUGGGAGAGAUGUCGCUGCACGGCCACGCCGAACUGCACUCGCGGGACCUCUCGGCCGCCUUCCCCCGGCCCCCUCUGGGUGGCGGCCCACUUCUGGAACCCGAGGCGCGGGCUCCUCCGCCCGCCUUCGAGCACUCCAUGUCGGCACUGGGCUACAGCGGCGACUCCCCGUCCGGGUCGGGCAGCACCUACACCACGCUGACCCCCUUGCAGCCCUUCGACGACAAGUUCCACCACCACCACCACCACCACCACCCCUGCCUCCCCGUCAGCAAUGUCAUCGGGAGUUUCACGCUAAUGCGCGAGGAGCGAGCCGGCCUUCCCCCCAACUUCUACAAUCCCUACGCCAAAGACCUCGGCAUGACCCAGAGUCUGACACCGCCCUCCUCUGGCUUGGGGUCCAUGCACAGCUACGGGAACCCCAAUGGGGGCGGCGGCGGCGGAGGCAGUAGUGGACAGAUGCUCCACGGUGGCUACGACGUCCACGGCGGGAGCCUGUUCUGCAGGACGUCGGACUUCGCUCGAGAGAUGUCGCCCCCGGGACUGGGCGCCGGUGACAUGUCCAUGGGGCACCAGCUGAACAAAAUGGACGGGGCGGGCCACCACCCUCACAUCUACAGCCAGCACUACCAGGCGCACCACCACCCCAGUCAGCAGGCCGCCAAGAUCGUUGACCACCUGCAUUCCCUGUCGUCUUCCCCAGGGGACGGCGCCCCGGGUGGCGGGUCCCCUGGCGGGGGCGGCGGCGGCGGGGAGGAGAUCAACACCCGUGACGUGGCUCAGAGGAUCAUCACAGAGCUGAAGAGGUACAGCAUCCCGCAGGCCAUCUUCGCCGAGCGCGUCCUGUGCCGCUCGCAGGGGACGCUCUCCGACCUCCUGAGGAACCCCAAACCCUGGGCCAAGCUCAAGUCCGGACGGGAGACCUUCAAGAGGAUGUUGCGAUGGCUGCAGGAGCCCGAGUUCCAGAGGAUGGCUUCGCUCCGCCUGGAGGCUUGCAAAAGAAAGGAGCAGGAGCAGAGCAAACUGGAGCGGAACCAGGGGCCCAAGCGCACCCGGCUGGUGUUCACCGAUCUCCAACGCCGCACGCUGUUGGCCAUCUUCCGGGAGAACCACCGGCCCACCAAGGACCUGCAGGUGACCAUCUCGCAGCAGCUGGGCUUGGAGCUCUCCACCGUCAGCAACUUCUUCAUGAACGCACGCCGCCGCAACCUCAACAAGUGGAGCGACGAGGGCCGCCCGUCUUCCACCGGGUCUUCGGGAUCCAGCGCCUCGUCCUCGGCGGUGUCCUGCAGCACGGCGUGAGGGCGACGGCGAGGGGACACGGAGCCGAGUCUGAGCAGAGACCGGCCGGCGUAAAAUGUCCUCCUGGAGGCACGGAAGCAGCCGUGAGCCGUGAUUUCAAGCCAAAGCAUGGGUCGUGGGGUGAAGGGGGCGCCGUGGUGAUACGAGCGCGGGGCGGGCGGUCCCGCUUGUACAGUGGCACCUUGACUUACGAGUGACCCAACUUACGAGUAAAUUGUGUUACAAGCUUGGUCACGGAAUGGAUUCAACUUGUAAGUCAAGGUACCACUGUACUAUCCUUUUCAUGACGCCAUCUUGUUUGCUUCUAGCUAGAUUAGAGAGUGGCGGUGGGAGGUUCCACCAAUCAGGAGCAAGCAUACUUUUGGUGCACCUCCAUGUCCUCACCUGCUCCUGACCAAUCAGGAGCUGCCGUUUGCUCACAUAUGCUGAGCGCUCUCUCUUGUAUGUGACUUUUCCCGAAUCAGACCCCCCCCCCCCCCUCCCCUACCAACCACUAAUCCCCCCAUUUAGUUUGUUAUCUCCUGUUUUUCCUCGAGAAUCACGGUGAACGAGGAAGACGAGAGUUUGUCUUUUUUGUUUAUUUGUUUUUAUCUUAGCAUGCGUUUCCAUGGUGAUGGCUCCCAGGACUCGCGAGCCUGGAAUCAUCAGGCCUCGGUAGCGUCUCUGACUCGCAGCUGUCAAUCAUUCCCAGUAACACGAGCCGCCCCCCCCCCCCCAUUCCUCGGCCUUGACCGAAUCACAAAGGCCAGGACAGAAUCCAUCCAUUUUGGCUCCAACAGCAAACGAAGACCAUCCAAGAUCUUCGGGAAUAGGGGGCGUCAAGGGGCGUCAGGCACCACCUGAAACUUUCAUUUGUGUGCCACACACAACAUUUGGAUUUUGAUUUUUUUUUUUACACUGAAGGAAUGUGAUUCUUUCCGUUUUUUUGUACAGAUGUCAAGCACACGCCGGUGGUUUCGGUCUGCGUAGGAAGCGGCUUUUCGCCAACUGACACCAUCCGCUCUAUUUAAAUUUUGUCUAUUUAUUGUUUUUCUCAUUUUAUUGAUUUGCUUAUUUAUUGACACCAACUAUACGAUGUACGUGUUUAUUUAUAAUGUCCUGUGUUUUUAUCCGAUGGGCAAUUUUAGCUGUAGAAUCCCAUCGUAAUACCAAAGAUGAACUUUGCCUCCCUGAAUGUACGGCUUGAACUCCGAACCCCUGAACCCUUGAUUCCUAGAUCCGUCUCCACAACUCCUGACCCCCGCCCCUCCCGUGAUGUACGUACAGUAUCUUUACGGCCUGGCCCCCGUUUUCUUUGUGUGUGUGCUCAGCUCUUAUAGGCCAAAGCUUCUUUGAAUGUCGUGAUAUGAAUAAUGAAUAUUGAUAAUACUGACGAUGACAAUAAUAGCGGUGAUGAGGUGGUGGCCCGUCUCUGACUUGGGACCCCACCUUAGACGUGAGUCUUCAAGGUCAAAUGCUCAUGUCCCCCGGGGGUCCUGCAUGCUUGUGAUCCGCCCCCACCCCCCAGCAAUCCCCCUUCCAACCCAGGAUUCACCUCACUCAUGUCCCACGCUUGUCCUUGUCCAAAGCCUCAUCCGCAUGCUUCUCCCUACUACAGUCUCAGUUCCAAAAGGGUCCCUCGGGGGGCUUGAAAGAUCUUUCAAAAUGUGUGAUCUUUUUUUAGGGUCCUGGUUCCAGGGUGUUUUUAUUGCAUCUUUGGUUCCUGUUCCAGUUUCUUCCAGGGAAGCUCUGUGUCCUCCACUUCUGUUGAGAAUUGACUUUAGGUCAUGUCCACUCGAACUUGGGAUAGUUUUGUGGGGGUAUUUCCACAACCAAGCUUUGCUUUUUCAGCUUUUGGAAAAGCAAGUUGAAGAUGAGCCAAGAUCAAAGAAAUUUCGCUUAAAAGCCAACUAAUGUUGUUUUCACAUGUACAGCGAAUCCCUGCUAUUCGCGAGUAAUUGACGCCCCCGUACAAAGCUUUAUCCUUUUCCAUAGAUCCCACAUGAUGGCGGCAAAGCUCUACCUUUGUCAAAAUGAAGCUCAACAUAGUUUCUUGGCAACAAUAUUCCACAAGAUGGUGCUAAAGCAAUACUUUUAUCAGAAUAGGUGACUUUCUAUUCGGAUAAAAGAGAAUAGAUCCCCCCCAACCCAAAGAAAAUCUGCGAACAUGUGAAUUUGCAAAUAUAUCGAGGUUUGCUGUACAAAGAUUUAUUUUAAAUCUACAUUUCAUUUUCAAAUAUCGAGGUUUUGAGGUUCCUGGUUCACUUCUUGCUUCCAGGAUGUUUUUGUUGUUGUUAUAAUUUGUGUUCUUCUUCCUAGAACAGCAGCAUGCAGGGAAUCUCUUUCUCCUCCUCUUCUUUUAAAAAAAAAUAUUUUAAAGGUUUCUGGAAACUUCUUGAGAGUUUAAGGCCACGUCGACACAAACAUGGAUAGUUUUUGGCCUUUCAUCAACACCUAAACAUUGUUUUUGUCCUUAAAAACUAGAGCUUUUGGGAGAAGUACAAGGUGAAGACGUUCAAAAACUCUGUCUUCAGUUCCUCUUUGGACAAAAUUAACUUGAGAGCCAACAAUUGCAUUUUUUGGUAGCAUUUCUACCUCACAGCUCGGAAAAUCUGCCCAAAAAAAUAUCAAUGUAUGUGUGGACAUGGUCUUAGUUUUUCCCAGAACUCCAAGGGUUUUAGGGGUGGAGGAUUCAGGAGAUGAUGUUCUCCUUUAUGGAAAGCCGUUUGAGCAAAUAUUCGAUCCAUCCAUAUUGUGAUCCAUCUUAAGAGCCACGUACUACUAUGCUCUUCAAUAGUAAGACAAUUCACCGUCCUAGUAGAACGACUAGGGCACACUACUAGAACGACCCUGUCUUCAUGUUUUUUCACUACUGCAUGACAUUUCUGCACAGUAGUUGGACAACUCCAUGUUACUAGUGAGACAAAAUUGCAUUCAUUGACAAAUUUGUGCUACUAGCACUACUAGCAAGGUGCUAGAUGUUAACUAGUAGAAUUUUAUAAUGUCACUAGUAAUACUAGUAGCACGCUCCUGUCAAUGUGCACUAGUAAACAACUGCGUGCUACUACUGACAUAACAUUCUACUACUUAGCGUAUAGCGCUUCACUAGUAGUAUUGGUAGUGCACAGAUGUUAACUAGUGCACAGUUUUGCUUCACUAGUGACACACAGUUGUCCGAGUAGAAUGCCAAACUUGUCCUACUAAGAUUAUUGGAAAACUUUUGGAGCAUUGAUUCAAUAGCCUUGAUUUCCUGCUUAAGGUGCUAGUACGCUCUUUGUCCUCACUAGUAAAGAGGAUACUAGUACAGGGACCUGAAGCUGGGUAUCAAGGAUAUUGGAUAAAUGGAAAUCCUCACGAGUAAGACAAUUCAGCACACAACACUACAUGUUAGUAGUCGGGCCAAAGUAGCAGUGGACAUUUUGGUGCUAUUAGUCAGGUCCAGGAGCCUACUAGUGCAUGACACAUGCCUAGUAGUGUUACUCAUGCAGCACAGUAGUUGACUAGUAAGGUUUAAUUGUAUACUAGCAGGCCAAAAGUGACUCUAGUAGUGUAAAAAAAAAAAAAAAAAAAAAGACCCAGUUGUUCUACCAGGGGCUGUACUUCUACUAUUGUGCUGAAUUGUCUUUCUAGUGCCAACAAAGAGCAUACUAGUACACAGACCUUAACCUGGAUAUCAAGGAGAAGGAAUAAAUGCUCAAAAGGCUUUCCCUACUCCUCCUAUGGUUGUGUUAGCUUAGCGAAAAUACCAAAGAUUGCAUCCGUUUUCCAGCUCGCUCGCGCGUCCCUGCGGAACGCCGGACCUUCAGAGUGUGCACUUGACAGAUGAGGGUGGG